CGGACGCGGGGCCCCGGCCCCCCCCCGCAGAUGCCGGCCCUGGCCGUGCUGGCCGCGGCCUGGUGCGUGCUGCAGGUGCAGAGCCGCCGUCCCGACGCGCCGGCCCCGGGCGCCGCCGGCCUCCACCGCGGCAACUUCCUGGACAGCGACCCGUGGCUGGGCCCCGCCGCCCAGUACGACGGGGGCCGGUACUGGAACCGCUUCCGAGACGAGGUUGAGGAUGAUUAUUUCAGGAACUGGAAUCCCAACAAGCCCUUUGACCAAGCGCUGGACCCGUCCAAGGACCCCUGCCUGAAGGUGAAGUGCAGCCCUCACAAAGUGUGUGUGACCCAGGACUACCAGACGGCGCUCUGUGUCAGCCGCAAGCACCUGCUGCCCAGGCAAAAGAAGGGCGGCGCGGCCCACCAACCCUGGGUUGGUCCCUCGAGUCUGGUCAAGUGCAAGCCCUGCCCCUCGGCGCAGUCAGCCAUGGUCUGCGGCUCGGACGGCCACACCUACACCUCCAAGUGCAAGUUGGAGUUCCAUGCUUGCUCUAUAGGCAAAAGCCUCAGCAUCCUCUGUGAUGGGCCCUGUCCGUGUCUCCCGGAGCCUGAGCCUCCCAAGCCCAGGGCAGAGAAGAACGCUUGCACCGACAAGGAGUUGAGGAACCUUGCUUCCCGGCUGAAGGACUGGUUUGGAGCUCUUCACCAGGACGCCAACAGGGUCAUCAGACCCACCAGCUCCAACGCAGCCCCGGGCAGGUUCGACACCAGCAUCCUGCCCAUCUGCAAGGACUCCCUGGGCUGGAUGUUCAACAAGCUGGACAUGAACUACGACCUGCUGCUGGACGCCGCAGAGAUCAACGCCAUCUACCUGGACAAGCAGGAGCCCUGCAUCAAGCCGCUCUUCAACUCCUGCGACUCUUUCAAGGACGGCAAGCUCUCCAACAACGAGUGGUGCUACUGCUUCCAGAAGCCGGCAGGUCUCCCUUGCCAGAAUGAAAUGAACAGAAUUCAGAAGCUGAGCAAGGGGAAAAGCCUGUUGGGGGCCUUCGUGCCGCGCUGCACCGAGGACGGCUACUACCGGGCCACGCAGUGCCACGGCGGCACGGGGCAGUGCUGGUGCGUGGACAGGUACGGCAACGAGCUGGCGGGCUCCCGGAGGCAGGGCGCCGCGGCCUGCGAGGAGGAGCCGGAGACGUCCGGCCUGGGCAGCGGCGCGGCGGCCGAGGAGCUGGAGCCGGAGCGGGAGCCGCGGGCGCGCGCGGCGCGGGAGGACGACGAGGACGGCGACGACGACAAGGAGGACGAGGCGGGCUACGCCUGGUAG